AAAAUUGGUAUAAUUUCAUAAUUGGAUUAUUUUAGUAUGCCAUGCAAGCGUCUCAUUACUCAGAGCGUUUUAUUUUGAAGGACCUUGCCGGAAACUCGGCUGUUCACUGCGUCCAUCCUGUCGCUCUUGCCUCCGGCWCAGACACCGGCCAGCCGUUGCCAGGACAGCCGAGCCUGAACGCCCUCGGCGCGGGGACCGCCAGCUUGUCCCCGGUGUGACGGAAAGCACGAGUUAAUAAACAAUUUGGCUCGUUUGGUGAGAAAAUGUGUUAGUAGUUUAGUGAAAUAUUAAGAACUAAAGGGUUCGGCGGUAAGUUUUAGAAGAGUUCCAGGACUAUACACCACAGCCAGGAUGAGACCCGGGCGAGAGGGCAGCGACUCGGGCAUCGCGUUAAGGUUCGCACCGGCGGCGUAAUUCCUGUGAAUUUUCCCACCAUGGAGGAGAAGCUCCACAGACUCAUCUUCAUCCCCAUCGCCGCCGUCCUCUUCCUCAUGAUCGGCUACCAGUACGUGUGCCCGGCGGACAGCGGCACCUGCAGCUUCGGGACCGAGCGGGAGGAGAGGGGGCUCCUCCGCAAGUACUCGCCCGGGUUCCACGUCGCCUCCUCGGAGCCCGAGGCGGACGACGACGACGACCUCCCGUCGAGGAUCCCGACCCGGUUCAACUUCACGGAGCGGGACCUGGACAGGCAGGUGGAGUUCGCGAUCCGCGGGGACGACGUGAUGGUCUUCUUGCACAUCCAGAAGACCGGCGGGACCACGUUCGGCCGGCACCUGGUGAAGAACAUCCAGCUGGAGCAGCCGUGCGACUGCCUGCCCGGCCAGAGGAAGUGCACCUGCCACCGGCCGGGCAGAGCCGAGUCGUGGCUCUUCUCCCGGUUCUCCACGGGCUGGAGCUGCGGGCUGCACGCCGACUGGACCGAGCUGACGAGCUGCGUGCCGGUGGUGAUGAACAAGAAGGACAAGAAGAGGAGCAGGAAGAAUUUCUACUACAUAACUAUGCUACGUGACCCAGUGUCACGCUACCUCAGCGAGUGGAAGCACGUUCAGCGUGGCGCUACGUGGAAAACCGCUCUCCACAUGUGCGACGGUCGGCCCCCCACUCAGGACGAGCUCCCCGCCUGCUACAAUGGGGACGACUGGACGGGCGUGUCGCUCGCAGACUUCAUGAACUGCCCCUCCAACCUGGCCAACAACCGGCAGGUGCGCAUGCUGGCCGACCUCAGCCUGGUGGGCUGCUACAACAUGUCCUCCAUGAGCGAGCUGGAGCGAGGCCGCGUGCUCCUCYCCAGCGCCAAGGCCAACCUGCGCAACAUGGCCUUCUUCGGCCUGACCGAGUUCCAGCGCAAGACGCAGUACCUGUUUGAGAGGACGUUCGGCCUGCGCUUCAUCCGGGCCUUCACCCAGAUCAACAGCACGCGCGCCGCCAGCGUGGGGAUCAGCGAGAAGGUGCGGUGGCGCAUCGAGGGCCUCAACGCCCUGGACGUGGAGCUGUACGAGUACGGCAAGGAGCUGUUCCUGCGGCGCUACCAGUACAACCGGCAGAAGCAGCACCAGGAGGAGCGUCAGAGGCGGCGGCAAGAGAGGCAGCGGCUGCACAGGAACUACCUGCUGGAGCUGUGGAGACUGGGAGGAGGAGGAGCUGAGGAGGAGGUAGAGGAGGAGGUGAAGGUGCUAGAGGAGGUCGUCACCACUGAGGAUUAUAGUAGUCAGGUGGUGCGGUGGUGAGAAAGCCGUGGCGCUGGUUGAUUGGUCGUGCUUUCCUCUCCGCACUCACCUCUGGGAACCCGUGGACUCAUAGCGAUUCGUUGGACCGCCGACAGGUGUCUUAAUAUUUACGAUGGAUGUAUUUGUCUCAACAACAAGAAGUCUUUGUAUUUUUAUGUUUGUUUUCUUUCUUUCUUUUUUGGCUCUGCACUUUGUGAAUAUGUGUUAUUUAUGCAUUAGCCAGAGUUCUGAAUGUCAGGAGAAAGAACUCAGGCGGGUUUUCAGUGUCAUYUUUUGUGAUCUGGCGCCAUGUUGAUCGGUGAAAAUCUCGUCGUGACUCUGUGGCGUUCGGCUUCAUCAGCGUGUCGAAGCACAAACUGCAGCGUUUUCUUCCUCCCCGGCCGAGGAAACAAUUUCAUUGGAGGCAAUUUCUCACAGGAAAUGUUCAGUAAAAACCUCUGGACUCACCGGCGCACGUGUCCCACGCACGUGUUUCGUUUUUCUUUCUUUUCACACCCUGCUCUCUUGCUGUAAAAAAACUUUAAUCUUAACGCGCCGAACGAGACGCUCUGACGCACGCCGAUUAGUUUCUUUCURUGUUUAGCGGUGAGGAAGAGGAGAGCGGUGAGACUGAGAGACAAGCUGUCAGGGGCAGUUCGAGCUGUCCUUCAUCACGGCGACAGAACAUCGGUGUUUGAGCCGUUAGGGCYUUGAUCACCGAGCUCUUCGCUUUUCAAAUUGAUCACUUAAACUUCAAUUGGCCGUGACUCUGCCGCAGCAGAAAAUAGAAGAAGCUGAAGCAGCUUUUUUUGCUUUCCUUUACUCUCUAAUUUGAGAACCGUACGGCUCGACGGACGUUCCAUUUUCCCUGGGAUAGAAAAACAAUCAGGUUUAACAAAUUCCCGCAGACAGCAGARCUUUAAAAGUUGGGUUCUGGGCUGAUCGUCUGAUAUUAAUAUCCUUGUUGUGGAGCCGCUGAUACACACUUCCUGACAGCUCUGUGAUUCGCUCCAGAGGAGGAAGAAAGAAAUAUCCACAGACUGUAAUAGCUUUUCCGUUCCCAGCUGUCGACUCUACUUUCACAGCGUGCACAAAAUAAAAAGUAAACAUUUUAUAAAUCCAUGAGUUUUACCGCCCGCGCCGUGAAGUGAUGGGUUUCUUAAAAAUAAGACAAACAAAAUAAAAGCUUCAUCUGUGUUGGAGAAUUUGUUUCGUUUGAUGACAAUAAAUUGAUGUUUUCUCCUCAAAAAUAAAGUUUUAUGAGGCUUUCAUACCUUCUAUAAAGAUUCUGACAUUUCCCGCCUUAUUUGGUGCAAAGGAAUUGACGCCCUGACGUUACUAUUUAUGUUGUCGUCGACGAAGACACCCAUAAGAAACGMAUCUUUUAUGAGUUAUUAACUGAAGGAGGGAGCUAACAGUUUCUUUUGGUCAUUUUUAAGGUUUUAGCUCUUGUGCCAAAUAUUGUGAAAUGAAAAAAAAAAGUGUAUUAAAAACAAAUUAAAAUAGAGCUACAAACUGUUUAUUCUUCAUCAUUCCUGAUUCUAAUAUCAGUAUUUAAGAAACAAUAAAAUUCAUUUAAGUUAAUUCUUAAAAUCUCAUCUUCCCCACGUAUUCACAACCUUUAUUGUUUGUUUAAGUUUAAAUAUUCAGCUACAUUUUAAUAAAAUAUAAGUCUAGACAUCUGACGGGAACCUGGAAGUUGAGAAAGCUGUUGCUGUCUGURGCCCCUGAAGGAUUCAAAAUAAAAAAAUAAGUGUCUUUACAUUCUUGUGUUCAAGUUUUUUUAAUGCAUGUACCGCUUAUUACAUGUAUGCUAUUAUUUUUACUGAAUAAACUCAAAUCAAUCAUUAAA